AACUUGCCUGCCUGGCUCACCCAGCGUCUCUUUCGUUUCCAUCUUCCCCUUCCGCAGCCCUGGCUCGCCGCGACUGAGCAUGCGUACUGACGCCCCCUCCGGCCCGGCGUGGGAGGAAGAGAUGGAAAUAAGGCUGGGCCGAGCAGCUCGCGCGCGCUCCCUGUCCUCCCCUCCCCUCCCCUCCUCCGCCGCCGGGCGCGCGCCGGGCGGUGCAGGUCUGCCGGGUCCGAGAACAGCUCAGCGGCGGCGGUAGCGGUGGCCGUGGCUGCGACCGCGGCGGGAGGGGCCCGGAGCCCCGCCCCCGGGGAGGAGCCGUCCUGCAGGUCUCCUCUCUGUCCUCCACAGCCCCAACUCCACACCGGGAUGAAAUUUAGCGGCGAGAAGGACGCAGUUGACGAGGCGUCAGUGGACUGAGACUAAACCAAAACCCCGGGCCCUGCAUCCCUAUCCCCACCAGCUUGGUAAUAACCGGCGUCAUCCCCCGCCCCAUUCCCUGUCCCUAGGUUCCUGUGCCAGCAAGAUGCUGGAGAGGGGCGCGGAGCCCGCAGCCAGGACCACCGAUCCUAGUCCCACUGGCAAGGAACCGGUGACCAAAGGAGUUCCCCACCAGGGCCCACCGCAGAAGCCCAGCCAGUCGGCUCCAGGGCCCAUCGCGUCAGGGGGCGCCCCUUCCCGGCCCCGCCGGCGGCCCCCGCCCCAGCGCCCGCACCGCUGCCCCGACUGUGACAAGGCCUUCUCGUACCCGUCCAAGCUGGCCACGCACCGGCUGGCACACGGCGGCGCCCGGCCCCACCCGUGCCCCGACUGCCCCAAGGCCUUCUCCUACCCCUCCAAGCUGGCAGCCCACCGCCUCACGCACAGCGGCGCCCGCCCGCACCCGUGCCCACACUGCCCGAAGGCCUUUGGCCACCGCUCCAAGCUGGCGGCUCACCUCUGGACCCACGCGCCCACCCGCCCCUACCCGUGCCCCGACUGCCCCAAGUCCUUCUGCUACCCUUCCAAGCUGGCGGCCCACCGCCACACGCACCACGCCACGGACGCCCGCCCCUACCCUUGCCCGCACUGCCCUAAGGCUUUCUCAUUUCCCUCCAAGCUGGCCGCCCAUCGCUUAUGUCACGACCCCCCAACAGCGCCGGGCAGCCAGGCCACGGCCCGGCACCAGUGCUCCAGCUGCGGCCAGGCCUUUGGGCAGAGACGCCUCCUGCUCCUGCAUCAACGCAGCCACCACCAGGCGGAGGGCCAGGGGGAGAGAGAGUGAGCUGUCCCGUUGGCUCACUAGCCCCCUCUGUCGCCAGCCUUGGUCAACAACGAGGUGGGAUUUCUAAGCCCGGCUACACCAGCUUGCCUGUUCCAGACAGCUGGCAAAGAGAAACUG